AGAUACAUGUUUAUUCAAACACAAGAUACCCCAAACCCUAACAGCUUAAAGUUUAUACCAGGAAAACCAGUUCUUGAGACAAGGACCAUGGAUUUUCCCACAGCAGCUACAGCAUUUCGUUCUCCUCUGGCUAGGCAAUUAUUUAGAAUUGAAGGAGUAAAAAGUGUCUUCUUUGGACCAGAUUUCAUUACUGUCACAAAGGAAAAUGAAGAAUUAGACUGGAAUUUACUAAAACCAGAUAUUUAUGCAACAAUUAUGGACUUCUUUGCAUCUGGCUUACCCCUAGUUACUGAGGAAACAUCUUCAGGAGAAGCAG